GGACCCAUAAACGGCGGCUCAUCGUUGGCUUCCCUAAAAGGAAUAUAUUUUGUUUUUUGAAGAGUUUAUCCAACUGAAAUCUAAAACAUCCGAGCCUACACGCUGGUCAUAGCUUGGCUUGCUGCUGUGUUUGCAGCCCCUGAAGAAACGAUUCGGGAAGCCACAGAGAGGGAGCCAUGUUUCUGUACAACAUCACCUUACAGCGGGCCACUGGCAUCACUCAUGCCAUCCAUGGGAACUUCUCAGGGACCAAGAUGCAGGAGAUUGUUGUCUCCAGGGGAAAGAUCCUGGAAUUGUUGCGACCAGAUGCCAACACAGGAAAGGUGCACACUCUGCUCACAGUGGAGGUGUUCGGCAUCGUAAGGUCCCUGAUGGCUUUCAGACUUACAGGAGGAACCAAAGAUUACAUCGUUGUUGGAAGUGACAGUGGUCGUAUUGUGAUCCUGGAAUAUCAUCCAUCCAAAAACAUGUUUGAAAAGAUCCACCAGGAGACUUUUGGAAAGAGCGGCUGCAGACGCAUCGUCCCAGGCCAGUUCCUCGCUGUUGACCCAAAAGGCCGAGCUGUUAUGAUUGGAGCGAUAGAGAAACAGAAGCUGGUAUAUAUUCUGAACAGAGAUGCAGCUGCAAGACUGACCAUCUCAUCUCCACUGGAAGCACACAAAGCAAACACACUUGUGUACCACGUAGUAGGAGUUGAUGUCGGAUUUGAAAACCCCAUGUUUGCCUGCCUUGAAAUGGACUACGAGGAAGCUGAUAAUGACCCAACAGGAGAAGCAGCAGCAAACACCCAACAGACGCUCACUUUCUAUGAGCUGGAUCUCGGUUUGAAUCACGUGGUCCGCAAGUACAGUGAAGCUUUGGAGGAGCAUGGAAAUUUCCUCAUUACUGUUCCUGGAGGAUCAGAUGGACCCAGUGGAGUCCUGAUCUGCUCUGAAAACUACAUCACCUACAAGAAUUUUGGAGACCAGCCUGACAUCCGCUGUCCCAUCCCACGACGCAGGAAUGACCUGGAUGACCCGGAGCGUGGCAUGAUAUUUGUCUGCUCAGCCACCCACAAGACCAAGUCAAUGUUUUUCUUUCUGGCUCAGACUGAGCAGGGAGACAUCUUUAAGGUUACCCUGGAAACAGAUGAAGAAAUGGUCACAGAAAUCAGAUUGAAGUACUUUGACACAAUUCCUGUGGCAAUGGCCAUGUGUGUCCUGAAGACUGGGUUUCUGUUUGUGUCUUCAGAAUUUGGGAACCAUUACCUUUACCAGAUCGCUCACCUGGGUGACGAUGAUGAAGAACCUGAGUUCUCCUCUGCUAUGCCACUUGAAGAGGGAGACACCUUCUUCUUCCAGCCCCGCCCCCUGAAGAACCUGGUGCUGGUGGAUGAACAGGAGAGCUUGUCACCCAUCAUGUCUUGCCAGAUUGCUGAUUUGGCCAAUGAAGACACACCUCAGUUGUAUGUUGCCUGUGGACGAGGACCCCGGUCUACAUUGAGGGUUCUCAGACAUGGACUGGAGGUGUCAGAAAUGGCUGUGUCAGAGCUGCCCGGUAACCCCAACGCUGUGUGGACUGUACGCAGACAUGUGGAAGAUGAGUUUGAUGCCUACAUCAUCGUGUCAUUCGUGAACGCCACUCUGGUUCUGUCCAUUGGAGAAACUGUAGAGGAAGUGACGGACUCUGGAUUUCUGGGAACAACGCCUACUCUCUCUUGCUCCCUGCUUGGAGAAGAUGCCCUGGUGCAGGUAUACCCAGAUGGUAUCCGCCACAUCAGAGCUGACAAGCGUGUAAAUGAGUGGAAGACUCCUGGCAAAAAGACUAUUGUCCGCUGUGCUGUGAACCAGAGACAGGUCGUCAUCGCACUCACUGGAGGGGAGCUGGUCUACUUUGAGAUGGACCCGUCGGGCCAGCUGAAUGAGUACACUGAGAGGAAAGAGAUGUCUGCAGAUGUGGUGUGCAUGAGCCUGGCUAAUGUUCCACCUGGUGAGCAACGUUCAAGAUUCCUCGCUGUGGGACUGGUUGACAACACUGUCCGAAUCAUCUCCUUGGACCCUUCGGAUUGCCUACAACCAUUGAGCAUGCAGGCCCUACCAGCCCAACCAGAGAGUCUGUGUAUUGUUGAGAUGGGUGGAGUUGAGAAACAGGAUGAGCUCGGAGAAAAGGGAACCAUCGGCUUCCUCUACCUUAACAUAGGACUUCAGAACGGUGUGCUCCUGAGGACGGUGCUGGACCCUGUGACAGGUGACCUGUCAGAUACCAGAACACGCUACCUGGGGUCGCGACCUGUCAAACUCUUCAGAGUCAGGAUGCAGGGACAAGAAGCUGUGCUGGCCAUGUCCAGUCGCUCCUGGCUCAGCUAUUCAUACCAGUCUCGCUUCCACCUGACCCCUCUGUCAUAUGAAACUCUGGAGUAUGCAUCUGGCUUUGCGUCAGAGCAAUGCCCUGAAGGCAUUGUGGCCAUUUCCACCAACACACUGAGAAUCUUGGCUUUGGAGAAGCUAGGAGCCGUCUUCAACCAGGUGGCGUUUCCUCUGCAAUACACUCCCAGGAAAUUUGUCAUCCACCCAGAAACCAACAACCUGAUUUUAAUCGAGACUGACCACAAUGCCUACACUGAAGCAACCAAAGCUCAGAGAAAGCAACAGAUGGCUGAGGAGAUGGUGGAGGCUGCUGGUGAGGAUGAAAGAGAGCUUGCUGCUGAGAUGGCUGCUGCCUUCCUUAAUGAGAAUCUCCCAGAAGCAAUUUUUGGGUCCCCUAAAGCAGGAGCGGGACAGUGGGCGUCACUGGUGCGCCUUGUCAACCCCAUACAGGGUUCAACACUGGACUUAGUGCAGCUGGAGCAGAACGAAGCUGCAUUCAGUGUUGCUGUGUGUCGUUUCACCAACACUGGGGAUGAUUGGUACGUUUUGGUGGGUGUUGCAAGAGACAUGAUUCUAAACCCCAGAUCAGUGGGUGGUGGCUUUAUCUAUACGUAUCGCCUCACUGGUGGAGGAGAGAAACUGGAGUUUGUGCACAAGACUCCUGUAGAGGAUGUGCCUCUGGCCAUUGCUCCUUUCCAAGGAAGAGUCCUAGUUGGAGUCGGGAAACUGCUGAGGAUCUACGACCUUGGCAAAAAGAAGUUGCUUCGCAAAUGUGAAAACAAGCAUGUUCCCAACCUGGUGUCCGGCAUCUACACCAUCGGCCAGCGUGUGAUCGUGUCUGACGUUCAGGAGAGUCUGUUCUGGGUUCGUUAUCGGCGCAAUGAGAAUCAGCUCAUUAUCUUUGCUGAUGACACAUAUCCCCGCUGGGUGACCACGGCAUGUCUGCUGGACUACGACACCAUGGCCUCCGCUGACAAGUUUGGGAACAUUAGCAUAGUUCGUCUUCCCCCAAAUACAAGUGAUGAUGUGGAUGAAGACCCCACAGGAAACAAAGCUUUGUGGGAUAGAGGCCUCCUUAAUGGAGCAUCACAGAAGGCUGAAGUAGUUGUGAACUACCACGUAGGAGAGACGGUGCUGUCCCUCCAGAAAACAACUCUGAUUCCAGGAGGCUCAGAGUCGCUGGUCUACACAACUCUGUCCGGAGGCAUUGGUAUAUUGGUGCCUUUUACAUCUCACGAGGACCAUGACUUCUUCCAGCAUUUAGAGAUGCACAUGCGUUCUGAGUUCCCCCCACUGUGCGGCAGAGAUCAUCUCAGCUUCAGAUCAUACUACUUCCCAGUCAAGAAUGUGAUUGAUGGAGAUCUGUGUGAGCAGUUUAACAGUAUGGACCCUCACAAGCAGAAAAGUGUGGCAGAAGAGCUGGACAGAACUCCCCCCGAAGUUUCAAAGAAACUGGAGGACAUUCGCACUCGCUACGCCUUCUAAGCAAACAGCGUUGUACCUUUUUUAAGGACACUGAUUGACUAAUGUAUUUUUUAAACGCCUGACUGUGGGAAAACACACCAGAAUACAAUGAACAAUACAAAAUGUCAUCCCUGUACAUGACUCAGUCAGACUGGUAGGCCUAAUGCACCUCUGCAUCACAAAUACAAACUGCAGCAUUCAAAGUUCAGAGCUUGUGGGUGUUCACACACAGUUGUGUGAACAGUAUUACAGUCAGUCUCCCACACCCAUUUAAGCUGACUCAAUUACUGACAAGUCUCUUUGUUAUUUACACCUCCUUUGCGCUGUUGUCUGCAGGAACCACAUAUGCACCACACAGCAGCACACAUUACACGGAAACAUGCCAAAAGGCCCGGCCAGUAUAACUAUAACUCCAUUGCAUGUAGUCCCACUUCCAGAUGUGUGAAGUUUUCUUACGUACUCAGCUGUCAUGAGCGUCAUGCACACACAGAGAUGUGUGAACAGGAUUCACACACCACUGGUCCUCCUUGUGUUAAAUAACAAUUUAGCCACAGGCUAAUCGAAGCACAUGUUUAAAUCAGUACCUUUACAUCCAUAGUAAAGUUGGGCUAGAGUUAUAACUCUAUCACAACUGGUCUACUGUCUUUGUCCCAUUGUCCAGUCACAGCAUUUUAUGAUAUGCCUGCUCUCAACUAGUUAAUAUGGAAUUUCAUCCUGUUUACCCUACUUCUAAGCCAUGGGUUUUAUAUAAAAUAGUGAAAAUAUGGACAGAUUUUACAGCCCUUUACAUACAUUACAGAAAUGUAGUGCACUCUCUCUUAUAUCUGAAGGUAGACAAUGAUGCGACUUCCGCUGUGCUAAGUGUUUAUGCUCAUUGACUUCUGGAUUUAAGUCUGGUGUGGAAAGUGUGGGGCAUGCCAAGAACACCAAGUACAGUUUGGAUUGAACUGAGGUGUAUACAUGCAAGGGUGAAUUAAUUUCCAGCCUCAUUAUCUAGGUGUGUUAGUCCAACUUUAAGAAAUUAGAUUUUAGUUGGGCUAACGUGUCCACAUGCAUUGAAAAGUCCAGUUUGAGUUGGGCUAACAUGGAUUAGACUUUUUUCAAAAUGCAUGUAAAUGUACAAACUGACAGUCACCAGACAGAGGCCAACCUCUAACCCAGUCUGAGCCAAAGAGAGGACACAUACAGUGUUGCAUCCUGUGGCAUCAGAUGAAGCUGAACUCAGACUGAAUAGGUGGGUGGAAGAAUACUGAAGGUUUGCACAGGGUGGUGUUCUUGUCAGUCCUGUAAAAUUCCCAACCUCAGCCACAAGCGCAGACAUAGCAUUCCUCAGUAGUCACUGAAUUUAGGGGUUUGUGGGAUGGGGGCAGUGGUCUGUUUUUGUAAAUAAAGUUGUUGUUUUUUUGUGCUUUAUAAUACCAUGUGUUAGCGUGUCAUUUCCUGCCACUGUGUGUGGAGAACCAGAACUCGGCUAAGGCAU